AUGACUACAGCCAACGGUCCCACAGCUUUUGCAGACGAUGGAAGCGCCGUCAUUAGUCGUACAGUCGAUGUCCAAAGCGUCAAACACAGCAAUCUCGAGUCAUUGUACGAGAUCGAUCGCACGGUGGAUGCCAUCCUCAAAGGCAACUACCAAAGGAUCACGCUCCAAUUCCCAGACGAGUUGCUUGCCGAUGCUGCUUCAGUGGCCACCGAAUUAGAGAAGCGAACGGGACAACAUAUCUAUGUGCUUGCAGAUACUUCCUAUGGCAGUUGUUGUGUGGAUGAAGUUGCUGCUGAACAUGUCAACGCUGAUUUGAUUAUUCACUAUGGACGAUCCUGCCUUAGCCCUACAUCACAUCUUCCCGUUUUAUACGUAUUUGGCCAGCAAUCCCUUGAUCAAGACCAUUGCAUCCAUGAAUUUGAACAGCUAUUCCCGGAUCCUUCCAUACCAGUGAUUGUUAUGUGCGACGUGGAAUAUUCUUAUGCAGUUGAAUCAUUGGUGAAAAGGCUAUCGAACAAGUAUACCAACAUUAUUCCUACGAGCAUCCAAACCGAAUCCAAGCUGCAGGCUGUGCUGGGGAAUGACAACAACAAGGAGGAGCAAGAGGCAUCAUCAUCACCCACUACAACAACAAAGGGCGGACGUUAUUAUGAGCUCCCCGAGGAUAUUGCAAUUGAAGACUGCUCCAUCUUUUUCAUCGGUGCAGAAAGUCUUACUUUGACCAACAUCAUGAUGAUCCACAACAAAUGCCCGGUGUAUACAUACAACCCCAAGACACGAGAAGCACGGAGGGAAACAGUGCAGGUGAACCGAUUAUUGAUGAAACGUUAUUCAUUAGUGCAAAAAGCAAAGGAUGCCGAGACAUUUGGAAUCGUUGUCGGCACACUAGGUGUAGGAUCGUACAUGGAUAUCAUUGAUCACGUCAAAAAGGUGAUCCGUGCCUCUGGUCGAAAAUCAUAUACGAUGGUGAUGGGCAAGCUGAACGUUGCCAAAAUGGCCAACUUUAUGGAGGUGGAUUGCUAUGUUCUUGUUGCAUGUCCUGAAAAUAGUUUGAUUGAUUCAAAGGAGUUUUACCGCCCAAUUGUCACCCCUUUCGAGCUGGAACUUGCAGUUGUCAGAUCCAAGGAGUGGACAGGCGACUAUAUUACUGAUUUCUCCAAGCUUCUACCGAAUGUGCGUACGGAUGGCUUCUCGUAUCAAGAUGAGGAACAAGAUGAUGUUUCAAGCGAUGAAGAACCACACUUUUCCCUUGUGACGGGCCGCUAUGUGUCAUCUACAAAGACACGCGUCAAAAACAAUGUUGAUGAACAAGCAUUGACCAGCAGCUUAACUGAUUUGACGAUCCGCAACAACAGCAAUACGAUCAGCCGGCUGCUUGACAGCACAGCAGGGGAAUACUUGAAGAAUCGUUCAUUCAGGGGUUUGGAACAAAACUUGGGGCAAACAGAAGUAAGCACCAUUCAAGAAGGCCGAUCCGGUAUUGCUAGAGGAUAUCAGGGUGAAAAGGAUUUGUAA